ACGCACGAGCCUCAACCUCCGCAGGAGUAAAAAAAAAAAAAAGCCACCAAAAAAUAACAAGCGAAGAAGAAACAGAAGGAAGAAGACCUGCAGAGAGGAGCAUUUCAUCCGCCCUGCAGAGACUGAUUCCCGGACACACUUUCAUCCAGUACCCGCCCUGCAGAGCCUGAUUCCAGCCGCCCUGCAGAGCCUGAUUCCCGGACACAUUUCCUCCAGUUACCCGCCCUGCGGAGCCUGAUUCCCAGACACAUUUCCUCCAGUUACCCGCCCUGCAGAGCCUGAUUCCCGGACACAUUUCCUCCAGUUACCCGCCCUGCGGAGCCUGAUUCCCAGACACAUUUCCUCCAGUUACCCGCCCUGCAGAGCCUGAUUCCCGGACACAUUUCCUCCAGUUACCCGCCCUGCAGAGCCUGAUUACCGGAUACAUUUCCUCCAGUACCCGCCCUGCAGCACCGGGACAUGGAGGGCAAAGAGAAAGCACCGGCAGAGCCGCAGCUGAAGGGCAUUGUGACGCGUCUCUUCAGCGAGCAGGGCUUCUUCCUGCAGAUGCAGCCGGAUGGAGCCAUCAGCGGGAACAAGGACGAGAACAGCGACUACACGCUGUUUAACCUGAUCCCUGUAGGACUGAGGGUGGUGGCCAUGCAGGGGGUGAAGGCUGGUCUCUAUGUGGGCAUGAACGCUGAGGGCUUCCUCUACACAUCAGAUGUGUUCACAGCGGAGUGUAAGUUUAAGGAGUCUGUGUUUGAGAACUACUACGUGAUAUACUCGUCGACGCUGUACAGGCAGCACGAGUCGGGCCGGGCCUGGUUCCUCGGACUCAACAAGGACGGAGUCAUCAUGAAGGGGAACCGGGUCAAGAAGACCAAGCCCUGCUCACACUUUGUGCCUCGACCCAUCGAAGUGUGCAUGUACAAGGAGCCGUCGCUGCACGAGCUGGAGGAGAAACUCCUGAAGUCGUCGAGGAGCCCCACGAUCAACGGGGGGGAGCGGCGGGUCCUGGAGGAGCAGGAGGAGGAAGAUCUCACAGAGCAGGACGGGUCAUAGCCUGCAGCGCCGCCUACAUGAGGAGCAGGGAGGGAGGAGGGGGAGAAGGGGGAGGUGAACUCCCGUUGUAACCCUCCCUCUCUUCAGCAACAACCGCACCGAUGACCACGACAAAAAAAGAAGCUAAAAAUCUACAACAAAAAAAGAAAAAUGUUCAUGUUUUUGCCGGGGGGGGGGUGGGGGGGAGUCUAGGGACCAGCACUGUGAACCCGGAGACUUUAGGACCCUGAGGCUUCAUGUUAGAAAGGUACAGUACGGGCCCCUCGUUAUUACACAGAGCCAGUUAUUAGCACGAUUAGCAUUAGUUAGCAUCUGCAGACAAUAGCUCAGACAUCAGUUUUGGACUGGUUUUGGACCAGGGGGUUUUGGGGGUUAUUGAGGAUGCUGAGUCCAUUUCUGAGGGUCCUAAAUGUCAGUUUUCACCAGAAGGGGGCCCUAGCUGUUCUCAGGGGGCUGAUGUUGGAUAAAAAGAGCACAAGACAGACAUUAUUACCUCUAAUCUGUCCAUCCAGAGUCCCCUUGAUCUCACACAGGGAUGUGCUGGGGACCCCCCACCCCACCUCCUAUACAUUUCUAUCAUGAUCUUUGGGGUACUCGACAUCUCCGGGUUCACAAUAGGACUCUAUGAGCUAGCCCACAGACGAGGAGGGGGCUCCACGGGGGGGGGGGGGGGGGUGUAAUAAUCAGGACGUUGAUGAUGACUUACAUUUUAUGCAAACAGCCUGCUGGCUAUCACUCUUCACGCUGAGACUCUGAAGCUUUAAGCCAUGUAGAAACCACCUCACCUUCCACACGCUUCUUCUUCUUCCUGUCCGUGAUGUUCUGUCCAAUCAGAGACAAGAGUUUCUGUUCGUGCCACAUCUUCUCGGUUUGGUUGUUUUCUUUCGGGGAUGCAGAUGCUGCCGAUAAACAAGUCCCAGAGGCGGAGGGAUACGGAGAGCGGUAACCUGGUUGUAGAUUCCGUUCGGCUGGUUUCUAGGAACCUCCAGGAGCAGCUUUCCUGCAUGUGUUAGCAUCAUGCAUCAGAUUUUACUCUGACUUCCUUCCAUCCGGGCAACUCCUCUCACUUCAGAGACGUGAUCAUAGCAGGUAUAAAUCAGACAUCCUCUGUCCCUUUGUGUCCAGAGCUUUAGAUGUUGCUGAACUUAAAGAGGUCCCUCUUUCUUUGUCUUUAUUUGCACUUUCUUCACAGAAGAAUUGUACUUUAGGUUGAUCACUUAAUAAGCACAUUAUUUACGGCCAUUAGUGUCCUGUUUUCCAUCAGGAUUUAUUACUUAUUUCCCUGGAAAAUCCAAAAAAUACAUUGAAUUUUGCCUUUUUGUUUUGUGUUACAUAUCAAUGAACAUAUUGAGAGGAAAUAAAAAGGUAGGAACUGAAAGGAGAAGGUGAAGAACAGAAAAGAUAACGAUAAGCAUGAAUGAUAAUUAUGAACACGUCAUGAUGUUCUAAAGAUAAUAAAGCUGAUGAUUUCUGCCUGGAAGGAAGAAGCUCGCUCUAAAAUCUGAUGAUUGAUUAAAAAAACAUUGAUUUUGAGGAAUGUGAAACUAGCUCCGUCUCCGUGCUGCGUUCAGGGACUCAGCAGGUCUGCAUGGUGUUGAAUGAUUAACGGAGUCACACUCAGCGGAUGCUGGGGAUAUUCAUGUGUUCACACAGCAUGUUUCCACGAGCCUCAUACCUGCACAUAAACACCACCGGAUGGGUUUGGGGUCGUUUUAUUUUCCAGAUUUGAAAUGUGUGAUGCAGCCGUCACGCUGCGCUCUGAUUGGUGCACUUUAAAAAAAAAAAGAAAGAAAAGGGGCGGGCACAUUUAUCCCGCCUGUCAAUCCCCAAUUAAUAUCACAGCAGCUUCCUGAUUGAUUUGUGUCACAGCGAUUGUGAGAUUUAAUAGAUAUUCUAUUUUGAAAUUCCGUCAAAACAGCGGCACGUCAUCAGCGUAGCGGCUCAUUGUGUUUCACUGAUGGACUUAAAUCUCCGCAUUAACCAAAUAUUAAUAUUUUUAGCUCACAAUGCAGGUUUGAUUAUUGAUUAUGGGCCCAGAUGUAUUAUUUGUAACUCUGUAGGACCCAGAACAGUCUGUUGUUAAAGGUUUUAAGGUGCUUUCGGAUCAUAUCUUGCAAAAACAUGUCAUGAGGCAUUCAAGAAACCUGGGAAUCCGGACGCUCUCUGCCUCAAAGAGGACGCUGAUGCCAUGAUAGAAAACUCUGAAAUAGUUAAAUUGUGGAAAAUGAUGUUAACGUCUUAACGAAGAACAAAUUAAGACAUAACUCGUGAUAGGCAAAGGGGCGGGAGAUCUCUAAGCGGUUGACCAAUCACUACAGAGCUGGCCAGCUAACCAAUCAGAGCAGACUGGGUUCUGGUUGAAACCCUUCAGACUCUUUUAAAUCACAGUUUUUAAAGAGUGUUCCUGGCCUUGGCGCCCUCUCCUGGUCCGUGAAGUGUCAGGUGUCGGCUGAUUGGAGGAUUUGGGGACUUUAUUCUAACACUGCCCUGCUUCGUUCAGACGAAGAGCACUGCCCUGAAGCUGUCUCACUGCGACCUCGUCUCCACCUCCCCCUCCUCUCACCUGGAGGAGAAACAUGUAAACUAACACACCGCCCCUCAUUAUAAUCUGCCCAGGAACAACUGCAGUACCGUCCUGUAAAUAUUAACAUUAUUAUUCAGAUUUAUUUUUAUUGUGAGACGAGGCGCUGCACUGCCCGACCGUCGCCCUGCAAAACCUCCUUCUUCCUCCUCUCUCUCCUUCCUUCUCCUCCUCCUCUUCCUCUUUGACCCUUUAUUCCUCAGAAGUUUUCCAAAAUCAUCUCCCUCAUUUUCCAGUUUACAGAGAACAGGCAACCUCCACCUCCUGUUUCAUCCACAGCGUUAUGAAAUCACUGCCUUCCUAUGAGUAAUAAUAAAGUGUUUAAAAUAUAAUUUCUUUAAAAGCAUUUUGCCUCAAAUUGUUCCUCAGGUCAUCGCCAGGAAACAAAAAUAAAUAGAAAAAUAUUCUAAAUACAUUUUGAUUCAAAUGAAGUUCGACCCCUGCACUCAUUUUUCAGGAAAAAAAAAACAUGAUCAAAAAGGAAUUUAAAGCCACAGUUGUUAUAAUUAAGAUUCAUUAUUUGCAUGAGGGAUAAAAUAUAAAGCAAACUGUUGAAUAAAAUCAGAUGAAAUUGGAACUGAACUGGUGCAUUAGAGCUGCAGACUGGUCCCUACUGGAUUGUUGUUUACUUGUGAAUUCAUGCAAAGAUGCUUUUUGGGAAACUUCGUCACCUCCAGUCAGCCGACACAGGAAACCUCCAGAAUAAAAGAUUAAAUGGGGACUUUUAUUUUGAAAGGGUCCUUUAUUUUGCACGCGGAGAAAAACUAAAUCAUGGCGGCGACAUUAUUUGAUGAACCUGCUGAUCCUGCCGCCUUUUGAAUUCAAUACAUUAAGGGGGGCGGGGCUACAGAGCUCGACUCUUAUUGGCUGCCAGGGAUAUCAUUUUUUUUUGUUGGUUGCAAAUGGACGGACGGAUGGAUGGACUGAAAGAAAAAAGAACCAAUCAAAAUCCACCGUACUGCCUCUGAGAAAGUCUUCCAGUUCAGGGUUUUCGGGGUCGGAGCGACGCGGCUAUUCAGCGUUAGCUCCUCCGGUCCGAAAGGGACGCUCAAUGUUUGUUCAUGUUUGUGAAACCAAAACACUUGACAGGAAUGUAAGGAGAGUCCCCUCUACCGCUGCCUUCAGGCCCGGCCAGGAAACCACGUUAAAGUCAGCUUCAAUUUGAACCAAAACACUUUAAAGGUAUUUUCAGAAUAUAGUUUCACAGACUCUUACUCUCAAUCUGACACACUGAUCUCAAAGAGUUUCACCGUGACGCCCAGAUGGAUGCUGAUUGGUCCUGGGCGUGUAUUUACGGUGAGUCUAGCGCCCCCUGAAGGCAGCAUCAGUGUCUGGGAGGUGGAAAGAGUAGAAAGGACUCUCUGUGGUUUCAGAGUCAGCAGCAGGCCGGGGGUCAAGGACCUGGUGAUGAGGGUCAGACCCUCAGACCUGCUGCUCUCUGAAACUCUCUCCAAAAACUGAACGAGGCUCGGCCCGGUGCAGAGCGAGGAUGUCCUCGCCCGGCGACAGCAGGACGAGCCGUUUGAAAUGUUGUGUUUGCACCUUUUUCUGAGACACCUUCAUAUAGCCGUCAUAUAUUAGAGGAGAAAAAAGUCAUUGCAGAAACGCAGCAGGAUGAAAACGAUUCUUGAAAAAUAAAAAGAAUAUAAAAGCUU